GCUUCAUCGUUCAGAGCUCUGUGGCGGAGGGAAUGGGCGCGGGGGACCACGCGUGGAUAACGGGCUGGGGCUUUGGGCUCCAGCACAGCGGCACUCAGCCUAACUGUACCCUCAGGGUGGAUCAGGUGGAAGAAGGUAGCCAUGCAUCAUUGGCUGGUUUGCGUGUGGAUGAUGAGGUAGUGUCCGUCAACGGAGAGCCAUCUUCCAGCCUCAGCCUUUCAGAGGCUAUUGCUCUCAUCAAGGGCUCCACUGAUGGUCUGCAGCUAGUGGUGAAAAGAUGCUGUUUUCAGGGGGGCUUUCAGACAGUUAGCACCACUCUGCGGAUCCCAGCUCCAUAUAGACCUCAGGGUCCAAAGGAACUCUACAUCUCUGGGUCACAAGAUGAAGCACUCUAUGGGGAGACAGAUAGUGAAGCUGAAAGCCCUAGACGGAGCCCUAUGGUCCGAACCCAGUUUUGCAUUCCAGCUCCAAAGGACAGAAUUGGAGCAAACACCAAAGGCUCUGGGGGUGGAGGAACCAGGUUAGAAAUCACUCCAGGAUCUGUGGUAGAGUUACAGCUGUCGCUGUCUAAGACCACCCUGGGGGACACAGGCUGUACCUCACUGGGCAGCGCUCUUGGAGUUGAAGGAGGCUUCUGCCACAAGAAAAACGAUGAAGAUGAUGACACUACCACCAGCACACCAGGCUGUACCUUGUACAUCCCCCUCCAUGAGAGACAGCCUUUGAGUCAGCGAGGGGUGCUCAUCAGUGGUCCAUCUGCUUUGCAGGGACAGGUGGAGGUGACCACACAGCCAGCAGGGAGGAGCUCUGGAAGGGAAAGGGUGGGAUCUGGUGAGACUGAAGCAAAGGCCAGUGAACGAGGGGAUUAUGGUGAGGGAGAAGGAGGGCGCACUGAGGAAGCCCCCACCUCCUCCUCUGUCUCCUUUGGAAUUCAAUCAGAAGAGGGGGACUCUGAGUCGGAGAGGGAGCUCAACGAGCCUAACAAGCACCGGCCGAGGCACGCCAGGCUCCGGCGUAGCGAGAGCCUGUCUGAAAAGCAGGUGAAGGAGGCCAAGUCUAAAUGCAAGCGCAUUGCUCUACUCCUCACUGCUGCUGCCCCCAACCCCAAUAACAAGGGGGUAUUGAUGUUCAAGAAGCAUAGACAGAGGGCCAAGCAGUACACACUUGUAAGCUACGGAACCGGAGAGAACGAACCAGAGUUUGAGGCCGAGGAGGACGAAGAAGGCAACAAGGAAACACAUGCUGUUGAGUUCACAGUUCUAGCCACCAGUGAAACUGAACUUGAUGAGGAUUUUUUCACAAAUCCCCCAGGCCACAAGAGCAUUGUGACUUUUGACUGGGACACUGGACUGCUUGAGAUAGAGCGCAAACUUCACAAACCAGAAGACAUGAAUGCGCUCCCUGAAACCAAGGGCAAAGGAGCCCUGAUGUUUGCUCAGCGCAGGCAGCGUAUGGAUGAGAUUGUGGCUGAGCAUGAAGACAUGAGAAGUAAGGGGAUCCCUGUCGAAUCGGUACAGGAGGACGAGAAGCAUUACCAACAGGUGGAACCACGCACUUACAUGCCAGCGACUGAGAGUCAGAAUUAUAUGGAUGUCAAUGUGCACCAGCAACAACAGUACCAGCAAUACCAAGAACAAUAUUAUCAGCAGCAACAGCAGCAACAAUAUCAAGAAUAUCAGCAGCAGUUACAGUACCAGCAACAGCAACAGCAUUACCAGCAGCAGCAAGAGUACCAACAACAGCAUUACCAGCAACAGCAAGAGUACCAGCAACAGCAAGAGUACCAGCAACGGCAUUACCAGCAACAGCAAGAAUACGAACAACAGCAACAGUAUCAACAGUACCAACAACAGCAGCAGAUGCAACAGUAUUCACAUCAAAUGAAUGGUAUGUCCAGUCAACAAACCAGUGUAAUGCAGUCAUCAGUAAUGAAUAGAAGUGCCAAGCCAUUCUCUGUUCAGAAUACGGCAGCAGCCACAUUUUCACAAUCAGCAAGUCAAGAGCAGCCUUGCUAUUCAGUUGGACAGGGUGAACAAAUUGCUUCCCGAGAUGAGCGAAUAUCCGUACCCGCAAUCAAGACAGGGAUCUUGCAAGAUAACAGAAGGAAGAACAAAGCUAAGCCAAUGUUCACUUUUAAAGAGACUCCCAAAGUUUCCCCGAAUCCAGAGCUGCUAAAUCUCCUUAACAGGGGUGACAAGAAGGCUGGUUUUGAGUCAGGCCCAGAGGAAGAUUACUUAAGUUUGGGGGCAGAAGCCUGCAACUUCUUGCAGUCUCCUAAAGUAAAGCACAAAAUCCCACCACCCGUUGCUCCCAAGCCACACAUAAACCCAACCUCUCCACCAUGGUCUCCACAACCAGAAAUCGCAAGCCAGCAGUUCCCUCAGCAUGCUGAAAAUAACGUCCCAGCAACUGCUGAGGCUCCUGGGCCUGAAGCCGACCCUGUCCCUGAAAUGGAGUCCUCAGCCAUACCAAAGCAAGAACCCUCCCCCACACCUGCUGCUGAAUUACAGGAAGCUCCUGCUCACCCCCUCUCACAGGAACAUCAAGAAGCAGUCAAUGCAUGGGGUCCAUCUGAGCAACAAAUGCAACCAGAACAACAAGAAAAUUGGAAUGAGAAUCAAUCCCAGCAGCACAUAAAUAACACUCAGCUUGUCCAACCGUCACCUCAAGUACAAGCAAAGUCAGAGCCACCUGUCAGCUCUUGGGGUCCAUCUCCAACUCAGGCUCAUCAGCAGCCACCAGUGAGUGCUUGGGGUCCAGCUGAGGUUCAGUCACAAACCCUUGCACAGACUCAAUCACACAUGCAGCCUGCUUGGGUAACACAACCCCAAGUCCAAGUGCAACCAUCUACAUCUAUUCAAACUCAGUCACAGCCCCAGCCUCCUUGGGUGACACAAAGUCCACCCCAACCACAACCUCACCCACAGUCUCAGCCCCAACCUCAACCCCAACCUCAAUCCCAACCCCAACCACAAAUGAAUUCAUGGGCAACAGCUCCAGCUCAGUCACCACCCCAACCCCCAUGGGCACAAUCUCAAGCAUCAGCACAGCCAUCUGUCAGUACCUGGCCUCAAGAUCUAAAUCAGACCCAAGCUCAGCCACCCUGGGUGCAACAACAACAACAACAUCAGGAAUCUCAACCAUUACCAUCUUGGACAACCCCUCAACAGCAUCCCCAGCCUCCUUGGGCCCAACCUCAGGGCCAGCCACAGCCCCAACCACCUUGGGUCACUCAGACCCAACAGCAAGCGCUGCCACAGGAACCUGUAAAUGCAUGGACCCAACCUCAGAGUCCAGUUCAAGCACAGCCUCCAUGGACUCAGCAGGCUCAACCACCACCACAGCCUUCAUCACAGGUACAACAAUCCCAGGGUCCUUGGGCCUCAAUGCCUACCCAGUCACAACCACAACCACCAUGGGCUCAACAACCUCAAGAGCAUCCACAGCAAAUGAUGAACUCAUGGGCACCAGAGCAGAGUCAAGUACAGCCACCCUGGAGUCAGUCACAGCCUCCAGCUCAGGCACCACCUCCAUGGGUCCAUCAACCUCAGCAAGAGGCACCACCACCGCAUUCUCAACAAACAGUUGUAAGUACAUGGGCACCACGGCCCCAGCAAGGUCCAGUUAGUACCACAGCGCCUGCUGAAACUCAGAAGCUGAAUCAGUCAGCCAAACCAUGGAGUCCACCUCAGACCACUCAGCCCCCUCUACAGCGAAUGGGCUCAUACACAUUUGGAACAAAGGUCCCAUCACCCACUCCGACAAGUAGUACAAUGUCUCCCUCUGGAAUGGGAUCAGCUUUCGAGAUGCCAGCCUUGCGAGGGAAAGGAGCUGAACUUUUUGCUAAGAGGCAAUCCAGAAUGGAAAAGUAUGUGGUGGAUUCUGACACAGUGCAGGCAAACAAGGCAAGACCUUCUUCACCUUCACCUUCUUUGCCAACCACAUGGAAAUAUUCACCUAAUUGUCGUGCUCCCCCACCAUUAGCGUACAAUCCACUUCAGUCACCCUCAUAUCCACCAGGUGCUAUCAAACAGCCUCCAUCUUCUAGUCCUUCUAUAAAGAGUAAAAAUAAGGGCAAAGAAACAGAGAAACCUGCCCCCAAACCCCUUCAUGUUCUGGAUGUCAUGAAGCAUCAACCCUACCAAUUAAAUUCCUCUCUUUUUACAUACGGGCCAGCAGCAGAGAAACUUGCUGCAGAAAGGGAGGCAGCUGAAAAGCUUGCUGCUCAGAAAGCAGCAGAAGCCCAAGCUCAAGCUCAAGCUCAAGCUCAAGCUCAAGCUCAGGCUCAGGCUUAUGUCCAAGUUGCUGGUCCUCCAAACCAAAAUGGGCAUUUGAGAUAUGAUCAAGCUCCUGCCCCCUAUGGUUUUAUUCCACAGCAGCCCCAGCAACCCCAACAGCAAUAUGGGAUGUCUGGUCCCCCACCUGCUAUACAUGAUGGCCCUUAUCACCAUGCUCCUCCUAACAGCUACCAGCCUCCCCCUAAUGCUUAUCAACAAGUUCCCUAUCAACAAAUGUAUAACCCCCAGCCUGCUUACCAGCAACCUCCUUCAAAUCCUUACCAGCAAGCCCCAAGUCCUCCUUACCAGCAGCCCCCUCCAUAUCAAACCGGCCCUAACCCAGCCUAUCCAGCUGCCCCAGCACCAAGCUAUCAACAAGCCCAAAGCUCCUAUGUGGUACCUUCUUUUCCUGUCGAAGCAAGAGUAGAUUCUGCCUCAGGAAGUAGCAUUCUUACUGCUCCAAAACCAAAGUUCUCAGCCAAAAAAAGUGCCGCACAGGUUUGGAAGCCUAGUGCUGUUGAAAGUGUUGAAAAGUAGUCUUUAGCACUUUUUAGUCAUAACAAAGCUGGGAUGCAAAGCUGUAUAUAAGAAGUUUGACAAAAACUAAUGCAGGAAAUAUGUACUAAAUAUAUUUUUGUCACAGAGAAUUUAAAAACUUACUAUCAACAAUGAAAUUAAAAGCAGACCUAGUGUCUGAUUUUCAAACUGUACAGUAUUGUGCAAAAUCACAGGUUGAGUGCAUUUUCUCCAUCUCACAGUCCAAGACCUAGGAAGUACUGUUAAGUACUGUUUAUCUGAUGGUGACAGUUUUGGUGGUCUGUCAGGUUUUGCACGGUUGUUAGGAUUCUCUUAAUACUUUUUUGAAGUCCUGUAAUCUUCUUUCUCCUGGUGGUUUAUCUUAUAUGAACUUUUCUGUUCUCUUGAAAAAUUAAUAAUGUGGACUUAAUAGCCAUUAAAUAAAUGAAGGAUGGUCUCCGACUUUUGCACAGUACUGUAAGUAUACCAACAAAUAUUUUCUGUAUACUAAUUGUGUUGUAUCAAAAUAUAAUAUUGUAUCUAUCACAAAAUUAGACUGAUGUCUAAUUCAGUUUAGACUCAAUUUAAAUGUGUGUACCUCAAGCAGGUAAAAGAAUCUUUUUCAUGACAUGGCCAAAAAUGCGGUGGUCCAUCCGAUGAUGAAAAUGGAAUAUUGUUAUGUGAAUGAUUAGUGUGAGAGAUAACAAAUAGGUAAAAGAGAGAUUGUUUGAUUAAGUUGGAUAUCCACUGAGUACUUGACUUUAUAAGAUACUUUAAUUUUGACUAACUACUGAAUGCUAUCAACAUGAAUUAUAAUCUGUAAGACAGAAAACAAUUCCUGUAUGUAGAGUCUGUAGAGUAUGAAUUAAUAUUGCACAGUACCUCAGUGGUUUAUGUGAACAGAGUAGUCCAGGUAAAUGAAAUAUGUAAGUAUGGAUAUAUUACAACAUUUGACUGAGACGAAUACAGAUGCAGUUCAGCGAUGGCCAUUGUAUGCAGCCAGAUCCAGUCUUUUUAAGACUGAAGAAAUUUGCUGUCUUUUUAAAAAGUAACGUUCAGGCCUUUUUUUAAGUAAGAAUGAAUGCAUGCAUUGCUGUUGUUGGUACAAAACCUCGCGUCUCCAUUUUUGUUGUUUUUCAGUUUUUGACAUAAUUUGAUUGUAAUGCUUGUUGCCCUUUAUAUUAUGUGCAAAUUUCAUGAAGAAUCAACAAAAGAAAUGGCCUAAAAUGACUUGGAAAAAAGUCUGGUCCUUUGACUUACAUUAAAAGUAAAGUAGGUUUUUUCUUCUCCUGUGAAGUUAUCAUUUUGGAGAUACAAGGUUUUCUUCCGACGACAGCGAUAUGCUAUUUUCAACGUGGUCUGUCAAUGAUCAUCUCUGAAAUCUGAGACAUUGUUUGAUAUCAUUAUUAAAUUUGAGCCUUUUGUAGAUAUUGUGUGAUGACAGCAGAAGAGGGAGGAAGUAAGGCUUGCCUUUCACUACACUCAAGCUAUCAUGCUUGUGUUCUUCAUUGUUUAUUUUUAAAUAAGAAUUCACGCCUGGCUUCUUUUCCUGCUUCACCCUUUUCAUUUUUAUGUUUCUACCAGCUUUAUUUUUUUUGACAAAUUAGUUUUCAAAUGCUGAUAAAAACAAACAAGUUUCUUCUGAAUGUAAAGUGACUGCAAAUUUGGAAAACAUUCAUUUUGAGUGUUUUGUAAUUUGCUAGCUUCUUGUAAUCGAUGUCUUCAUCAUAUCCUUUUAUUUUUCAUUCUUCUGUGUGAUUUUUCUUCAUAGUACACUUUCUGUACGAUUUGCCACAGUGCUAUUAAAAGACUCUCUGUCUGU